AUGGACCCUGAGACCGCCCAGCAGCAGCCGCUCGAGAACGAGCCGAUUGAGCUCAAUGCCAUCGGUAAGGCGGCGGCUCAAUUCCUCCAGCUCGGAGCCAACGCGUCCAACAACCUCGCAGAUGGCUUCAACAAAAUGGACACCAAGAGCUGGAUCCGUCUUAUCGUGAUUGUGGGUGGCUACAUGCUGCUGCGACCGUACGUCCUAAAGCUGGCCGGCAAGGUCGCGGUCAAGAAGAUGGAAGAUCAAGAGGAGAAGGAGAAGGAGGCGGCCAAGGCCAAGAUUUCGGCCAAUGAGCUCCGAGGUGAAAUCGUUGAAGACAUUGAAAUCGACGCCGCGGGCGACGGUUCAGGCGCCGAUUGGGGCCAGAAGGCUCGAGUGAGGCAGCGGGUGAUGCUGAAGAACAUGCUCGAGGCAGAGGAGCUACGGAGACAGGAGGAGGAGGAUGACAAGGACAUUGAGGAGUUCUUGGUGGACUAA